AUGAGUGAUUCGGAGGAAGAAGAUACUGGUACCAUCAGAGACUGCUCUCGAGAGCUUACUGCCAGUAACAACAACACUUCUUCUGCCUACUAUGCACCACAUCCUACAACUAGGGCCAAUACAGUCAGCCGAAAUGUCCUCGAGUACGCCAAGAGACUUGGAGUCAAGGCGAAGCUUCAUGCCGAGCAGCAAGAGAAGCUCAAUUCUUUUGCUGUGAACCCUCCGGCCACACGAGAGAUGAAGAUCUUCUCACUCCUGCUCGCCAUUCAACAGUGGCAAGAAGAUUUUAUCACUACACAGGCCUCAUGGGGGCCCUCUGAUGAACUCAUUGCCAACAUCCAAAAUUACACAAUCAGCAUCUUACUUCCCAGCCGGCUCGCAACAUACAAGGGUGUCGUGCCAAACAAUUAUGUUACAGGCAUCCUCAAACGCUACCGGUUCGACUUGCAAGCAGGUAUCAAGCGCAACCACGGCCACUGGGCCAAGGUGAUUAAGGCCAUCCAGAACAGAAUGACCGAGCAACAGGCAAAGAUCAAAAAGGCACUUCAUACUGGCACUGAUGGUGAUGACCAUCAGGAACACCUCAACAUCUUCAAGCUCACUGAAAAUUGA